CUCAAAUAGCGAAUUCAUGCCAUUCUUUCCCCCAAAAAGUCUAGUUUAGGACCUGACUCCUUGUUUGUUCUUCUUGGAAUCAACCAUACCGCCGAAAGAGUUUAUAUUCGCGACAUCCAACAAUCAGUAACGAUGGAUAUAAUGCGGCACUUUAAGCAGUCAAUCUAAGUUAAUCUUUCCUCGUCCAUGCACUUCAAAGAGGAAAAUAGUCACCGGCCUUUUCAAGUUCAUUUUCCUUGGAAAACAUCUUUUCGGAACUCUCAAUGCAUCGAGGCACAGACACACAGGCACCAUAUUCACAGUUAUAUAUCUCAACAUACAAAAGGUUGAGCAUGAUAUGAUAAUGGAGGACACUUCAGACCUCGUCGCAGCUCUGAGGUUGGACGCAGAAUUUAUUGCUGGAGGCGUUAAGCACAUGCGACGCGUCCCUAAGAAGAAAUCUGGAGAAACUCUCGCCCGAAUUGAGGAAGAGUCAUCGAUGGAAACCGAGGAAAACUUAUUCAUUGAUAUUGAAGAAAUAUGGGAUAUUGAACCUGGUUCGAUCAUCGGCCAAGGCUCCUUCGGAAUUGUGAGGUUUGAGCGACGUCGACCACUGAUCUCGGACCCAACCCAGUCUUCCCAAAACCAAGUUCGAGCAGUGAAGGAGAUCAGAAAAUUAAGCACCCCAGAUUAUAUGAAAGAAGUUCAGGCCGUUGCAAACUUUUCACAGGCUCAAUAUGAGCACUUUUUUAUUCAAAGCUAUGGAUGGUUUGAAAAUACAGAGUCUGUAUUUAUCACGAUGGAGUACUGUCGACUUGGAGAUUUAGCACGUAUUAGAAAUCGUGAGGGACCCUUUCCUGAGAAAACAACCGGGCUUGUUGCGCGACAGGUUCUUGAGGGGAUAAAAUUCAUGCACGAGAUCAACUUUGCUCAUAGGGAUUUGAAGCCAGGGAACAUCCUAGUAGUAUCCACAUCCCCCUGGCUUGUCAAAAUUGCGGACUUUGGCAUUAGCAAGCAAUGUCACGAAGGAACGCAGUUGCAAACACAGCUCGGUACCACCGAAUACAUGGCACCCGAGCUGAAAGGUCACUUUAGAAGUAGCCACAGUAUUUCUGUGUAUUCAAUAUCUGUCGAUAUUUGGGCCAUUGGGGUGAUCACAAUGGAACUACUGCUAACCCAUCCGUUCCUCUAUAGCUCUGAUCAAGAAGAUUAUACCCGAGGGAUCAAACCGCUCAGGUUUGACGAACCACCGGGCAUGAACAUCUCAAAACCUUGUCAAGAUUUCAUCAAACUCUUGUUAAUCCCAAAUCCGAUACAUCGACCAACAGCAGAGGCAGCUAUUUCACAUUCAUGGUUUGCGGAUGUGGGGCUUCUUCUGGAACGAGAGAAUUUGCUCUCUGUUCAGGAUGAAGUCAUUCCAUCCCAACGCCAUGAUAUUGACGCAUCUUCACCCAUGCCAUUACUAUCUUGGUCGACCUUUGGAAACCUGCGGCUUACAAGCGGUUCUCGUAGUAGUACGAGCGGUUCUCGUAGUACAAGAGGCAGCCAGAGCACACAAGGCUCUCGCAGUUCACAGGGCACGCAGAGUUCAACUAGUACUCUAGGUACGGAUAAUACUGUCAUUGACACUUAUGAAGGCCGGCCUUUCGACCCCAGUCUUCUAGCAUUAUCAUUUCGAGAUCUUUCGUUUGACAAGACUAAGUACUUUGUCCUGCGGUCAGACAAUGAAACAGAUAUGGAAACCAGCUUUGCACUUGGGCAGUGGUCCGCUAUGAAAGAUGCGAAUACGAGACUCGACAACGGUUACAGGAGGUCUGGUGGCAACGUCAUAAUUUUCUUUUCAAUAGUUAGAAGUCAAAAGUUCUGCGGCGUUGCUAGAAUGACGAGUCCCAUGGAUUGGGACACCACAAGCGAAGAUUGGUUGCCCAGAGAAGAUGGGAGAGAGUACCAAGGGCAAUUCACCAUUGAAUGGCUAUGCCUGAAUGAGUUACCGUUUGCAGGUAUAAGAAACGUCCCGGCGUAUUUAGGGAAAGGACGCCGCGCGGUAGCGGUCAUGGAUGGGACGGCUAUAUGUCCCGAGUCGGGGUAUGAACUGUUGAGGGCGUACUCGGAAGAAGAUCGGCGAUCACCGUGCUUGUUGGAGAGACGGCGGAUCGAAGGCGUUGGUGCGUAGAUCGCGCUUUCACAUCUGACCUUUGCUGUCGGCUGCGCUAUGGUAGAUAGACGUUAAGGACAGAGUGAAUCUUCAAAAUCACCAGGGACUAAAUGAAUAAAUCCCCGAAAAAGCAGUAAUAAUCCAAUCUACUACUACAACCCGCACUCGAUAGAAGCACUAAGUCUGCCAAGAAACUCAGGGGGGCCCUCUUCGGUUGACGGUUUCAGACCAGACCAGAUCACGGUCGGGUCUAUGAGUUUGGGAUCAGACCGAUACAUGGUCAGUCUGGGGAUCGGUCCCCGUCUAUUUCAGCAAACUUGCCGUGGAAAGGGUCAUCAUGUCAGUAGAAGUCACAGCCAUUUAUUAAAACAUUCAUAUGAAGUGAAAAU